AUCUCGAAACAUCCUAUCCUACAAGCCGAACAACAUCACCUCACGUCUCAACAUGUCGUGAUCACAGUUCAUAUUUGUAUCCGGCUAAAUUAGAAAAAUAUGACGGGGAAUUUGAACAAACUUCACAUCUCUUAUGUCUUAUUAUGUAUGUUGUGUCAUUUUGAUCUAUCGAGGUUUUCGUCUGUGAGCGCACAGGAGAAUGAUGAGUCACCAGAGCUCAUGUUGUCAAAAGAUGCAGUGUCCGACUUGGAGAACAUUCCCAAGUUUGUGGAGUCAGAAGACUUGGACUCUCUACCAAAGAGGCAGUUCAAGACAGCUGAGAUCGCAGAUGCUGUGAUGGGUACUGAAGCUCCAAUUGAUCCAUCUGACAUUGAGUCCCUCUUCCCCAAAAAUGUGAAAGACUUUCAGUCAGGCUUCUCCCCGCCUUGUGAUGACAGCAGUGGCCAGUGUGGUUCACCUGUUCUGGCUGUGAAAGGAGCGUCUCUGGAGGAGAAGAGCACUGAAUCAUCACAGCAGGUCACCCUUGAAAUAGUGCAUGCUGACAACACACCAACUGAGGAGCAGAACGUCACAGAGACCGCCAAGACGUACAAGGUGAAUUGUGAUAGGAGGAACAUCACAGGGAUGGACACUUUUACCGUGCAGGUCCUCAACGCUUCACAGGACCUGAUGGAUUUCCUGAAUGCUAACAGCACAGAGUGCUCUGUAGUGCUGUUUUUCACUGCCUGGUGCCAGUUCUCAGCCAGCCUAGCACCUCACUUCAAUGCCCUGCCCCGAGUCUUUCCCAGCAUGCACUUCUUGGCGCUGGAUGCCUCACAGCACAGCAGUCUCUCCACGAGGUUUGGGACCGUGGCAGUGCCCAACAUCCUGCUGUUCCAGGGUGCCAAGCCCAUGGCUCGCUUCAAUCACACUGACAGAACGCUGGAGACACUCACCUCCUUCAUCGCUAACCAGACAGGGUUUGAAACCACCGCCGACAAAACCGUGAUGGAUUCAGAUCAUCUCGGCCCCCUCCCUAGCGUCCCGGUGAAGAGCAUCGACUGGCUGCUGGUCUUCUCUAUCCUCUUCAUCGCGGGCUUCACCACAUACGCCAUCCUGCGGACAGAGAGCAUUCGCUGGCUCAUCCCGGGACAGGAGCACGAACAUCAGGACUGAAAACACACACACACACAGACUGCAAAUCAUUGGAUGUAAACGAUUAUUUGAUGAACAAUUUAGUUUGUUAAUAAAUUCAACAGUUGCUAAUUUACAUAUGUUUUUAACUUGUUUGAUAAACAAAUUAAUGCAUGUGAGCCAUUGUGACUUAUAAUAAAGAAUAUAAUGAUUUGUA